AUGGCGUCCCCACAGCCUUCUCAUAAUGUGGAAUUGGAGGCUGCCAAGUUUCUACAUAAACUAAUUCAAGAAUCGACUGAUGAGCCGGCAAAACUGGCUGCAAAACUUCAUGUUAUAUUACAACAUAUGAAAUCGAGUGGGAAGGAGCACUCCAUGCCCUAUCAAGUAAUUUCAAGGGCUAUGGAGACUGUUAUAAACCAAAAUGGCCUUGAUAUUGAAUCUUUAAAAUCUCAACGUCUUCCUAUGACUGGUGGGUCUCAAGGUGGAGACUUGGCUGGUGCACAAUAUGCAGGUCCUUCUCAUGCUAUGGCUGACAAUGAGGUAUCUAAGGUUGAUUCCCUGGUCACCAACAAGCUGCCUGUUGCCCCUGGUAGUACUGUCCAUGAUGUUUAUCAGGGAUCUGGAGUUCAUAGGAGCAGUCAGUCUCUCGAUCAUGAAAGUCCUUCGAGUUUGGAUACCAGAUCUGCUAAUUCCCAAUCUCAAGAUAGAGUAGGAAAUCAAAAGGAUGGUAAAAAGGCUACCAAGAGGAAGCGCGGCGAUUCUUCUUUGCCCUCUGAAUCUCAUAUAGAUGACUCCCAACAUGUUGAUGCUCAUUCUGCAGUUGAUUUGAGGAAAGGAAAGGCCAACAGGGUUGACCCAUUGGGGGGUUUCUCCACUAUGGGUAGUGAAAAUAGUAGCUUCAGUAUGGUUCCAGGUGGUAGUCAGCUGGAAGCUUCAUCUGGACAUACAUCUUUUGGUCAACAAGGGGGUUCUUUUCCGCCCGCACAUGAAAAUCUCUCUCCCAGAAUGUCAUGGAAUCAAAAUAAGGCAGCACUGGAUCGGUCUCAGUUCCCCAGGUUUUCAGGCAAUGCUGUUUCCGGUGGUGUGUCAGGAGAAGCAAUUUUGCAGCAGUCAAUGGUACCAUCUCUUGUAUCAAAUUCUUUUAUCAAAGGUCAGGGUGGAAUAUCUGUUCCUUUUGGUUCAAAUGCAAUGGGGGAACUAGGAUUUUCUGGUUCAGCACAGAUCAGUGGUGCUGAAAGUCAUCUGCUUGGAUUGGCAGGACAAACUGCAGCAAGUCUCUCUGAAAAUACCACAGGAGGACAUAAUUUCCAAGUUAACCGCAUGGACGAGACAUCCACGCCACUUUCAGUAAGAAGGGUUCCAGAGAAUGAUGGAGGCAGUUCAAAUAUACUUGGUGACCCAACUAGGUUCAGUCAGGCGACAGCAGCUUCUAGAGAUACGGGAAAAUCUCCAAUUUCUCAGGGUAAUGCGUCACCUGGCAUGCCUUUCAGGGAGCAACAAUUGAGACAGCUUAGGGCCCAAUGCCUCGUCUUUCUAGCAUUUAGGAAUGGUUUGGCUCCCAAGAGGUUACAUCUCGAGAUAGCUCUUGGAAGUAUCAUUAAUAGAGAUGAAGCUAUUCGUAGGGAGCUGGUGGAUCAUAAAGGAAAAUCUUCUAAUGAGCAAACCAACUUUCCAGGAGUUGCAACCUCAUUUGCAUGGGCAAAUAGUGCAAGGGAAACUGAUAAGGUCCCUCCGGUUGCCUCAACUGCUGUAAGAUAUUUAGAUGGUAACUCUUUACCAAAAGAUGUUGACAAAUUGAAGCCUGAUGAAAAAGUAGGUUCACAUUCUGACCAUUCCGUACUUGUUGAUGAUGGGAAGCAUCUUGUGACAAGAAAGCUGGAUGCCGAGAAGCAGGCCCAGGAAACUGUUGGGGCACAAUCGUUCGCUUCUAAUCCAUUGCAGCAGGAUGAUUCAUCGAAUACAAGGGGCAGUUCACCGAUUGGAAGUCAUAAUGAGGUGGCUCAGGAAUCAUUACCAUCAUGGGGUGCUCAGCAUAACAUGGCUUUAAACAAAAAGGACAGUGCUCCUAUGCAAUCCCAAAAUCUUGUGAACGGUGGUAUCUCUGAUGAUGCAAAAUUCCCUGAAUCUCAGACUAGAUACCAUCCAGAUGGGUGCAAAGUCCCGCUAAUUGACGACUCUUCAAGAAAUGGAAAUCAUGCUUUAGCUGAACAAGAUGAUGAAGAUAACUCAGCUUCUGUUGAUUUGCCACCCCCAAGGUACACCAUGUCAGAGAAGUGGAUUAUGGAUCAGCAAAGAAAGAAGCUUUUAGUGGAAGAAAAGUGGGCUUUAAAGGAGCAAAAAGCAAGACAAAGAAUAACAAUUAGUUUUAACCAGUUGCAGGAAACUGUGAGCUCCUCUGAAGAUACAUCUGCCAAAACCAAAAGUGUCAUAGAAUUGAAAAAGCUUAAGUUGCUGGAUCUGCAGCGCCGUUUGAAAAGUGAGUUUCUGAAUGAUUUUUUUAAGCCAGUCACAAGCGACAUGGAGCGCUUAAAAUCUUACAAAAAGCAUAAACAUGGUAGAAGGAUAAAACAACUUGAAAAGUAUGAGCAAAAGAUGAAGGAAGAGCGGCAGAAGAGAAUCCGAGAGCGGCAGAAGGAAUUUUUUUCUGAGCUUGAAGUUCACAGGGAAAAAAUGGAGGAUGUGUUCAAGUUCAAGAGAGAAAGGUUAAAGGGUUUCAACAGAUAUGCAAAGGAGUUCCACAAAAGGAAGGAGCGUGCUCACCGCGAGAAAAUCGACCGAAUCCAGCGCGAGAAGAUUAAUUUGCUGAAGAUUAAUGAUGUGGAAGGAUAUCUGCGUAUGGUGCAGGAUGCAAAAUCAGAUCGUGUUAAACAAUUGCUAAAAGAGACAGAGAAAUACCUGCAAAAGCUGGGUUCCAGGUUACAGGCAGCAAAGGCUAUUGGAAGCCGUUUUGAGAAUAACAUGGAUGAGUCACGUACUAUUGCUGCUAUUGAGAAUGAAACAGCUUUUGACAAUGAAGAUGAAAGCGACCAAGCAAAGCAUUAUUUGGAAAGCAACGAGAAGUACUACCUAAUGGCUCAUAGUAUAAAAGAGGGCAUUGCGGAGCAACCAACUUCUCUCAAGGGUGGAAAAUUGAGGGAGUACCAGAUGAAUGGAUUGAGGUGGUUGGUUUCACUAUAUAACAACCAUUUAAAUGGAAUUCUUGCUGAUGAAAUGGGCCUUGGGAAAACUGUUCAGGUUAUAUCUCUAAUUUGUUAUCUGAUGGAGAGCAAAAAUGACAGAGGUCCUUUCUUGGUGGUUGUGCCUUCUUCUGUUUUACCAGGAUGGGAAUCGGAAAUUAGUUUCUGGGCCCCCAGUAUACAUAAAAUCGUCUAUUCUGGACCUCCAGAAGAUAGGCGUAAAUUAUUUAAGGAGAAGAUUGUCCACCAGAAGUUUAAUGUCCUUCUCACAACAUAUGAGUACCUAAUGAACAAGCAUGAUAGACCAAAACUAAGUAAAAUUCAUUGGCACUACAUUAUCAUUGAUGAAGGCCAUCGCAUAAAGAAUGCUUCAUGCAAAUUAAAUGCUGAAUUGAAGCACUAUCAGAGUUCUCACAGGCUGCUGUUAACUGGAACACCACUGCAGAACAAUCUUGAGGAACUCUGGGCGCUACUAAAUUUUUUGUUGCCCAACAUUUUUAACUCAUCUGAAGAUUUUUCUCAGUGGUUCAACAAGCCAUUUGAGGGUACUGCUGAUAACUCGGCUGAUGAAGCUUUACUAUCCGAGGAAGAGAAUUUGUUGAUCAUAAAUCGUCUUCAUCAAGUUCUGAGACCCUUUGUUCUUCGAAGACUAAAACACAAGGUUGAGAAUGAGCUUCCUGAAAAGAUUGAGAGACUGAUUAGGUGUGAAGCAUCUGCAUAUCAGAAACUUUUGAUGCAACGGGUUGAAGAUAAUCUUGGCGCAAUUGGAAGUACAAAGGCACGCUCAGUCCACAACUCGGUCAUGGAGCUUCGCAAUAUAUGCAAUCACCCUUAUCUUAGUCAGCUGCAUUCAGAUGAGGUGGAGAGCUUUAUGCCUAAGCAUUUUCUGCCACCAAUCAUCAGGCUUUGUGGGAAGCUUGAGAUGUUAGAUCGAUUGUUACCCAAACUGAAAGCUACAGACCAUCGGGUACUUUUCUUUUCAACAAUGACAAGGCUUCUUGAUAUUAUGGAAGAGUAUCUCACCGCAAAACAGUACCGAUACCUUCGACUGGAUGGUCAUACCUCUGGUGGCGACCGUGGUGCACUUAUUGAUAUGUUCAACAAACAAAGUUCUCCCUUUUUCAUCUUUCUGCUCAGCAUCCGGGCUGGUGGUGUUGGAGUGAAUCUUCAGGCUGCAGACACUGUCAUCAUAUUUGACACGGACUGGAAUCCUCAGGUGGAUCUUCAAGCACAAGCUAGGGCUCACAGGAUUGGCCAGAAGAGGGAUGUGCUUGUUCUUAGAUUUGAAACAGUGAAAACUGUUGAAGAACAAGUCAGAGCUGCUGCCGAGCAUAAACUGGGAGUUGCUAACCAGAGUAUUACAGCUGGUUUCUUUGACAACAAUACAAGUGCUGAAGAUCGUAGAGAGUAUUUGGAGGCCCUCCUGCGUGAGUCAAAGAAAGAAGAAGCUGCCCCUGUCUUGGAUGAUGAUGCUUUGAAUGAUAUCUUAGCACGCAGUGAGUCUGAAAUUGAUGUAUUUGAAUCGGUUGACAAACAACGGCGGGAACAAGAGACGGAAAUAUGGAAGAAGUUACUAGCCGGACAGGGAACAGAUGUUCCUGAACCAUUACCUCCCAUGCCUUCUCGCCUGGUUUCAGAUGACGACCUGACGUCAUUCUUUGAAAAAAUAAAGCUAUAUGAUGUGCCAAAAGAUGAUGAGGCACCUAGUAUCGGGACAAAGCGGAAAGGUCAGUCACAGGGUCUUGAUUUUCAGCACUAUGGAAGGGGCAAGCGGGCAAGAGAGGUGCGGUCAUAUGAAGAACAAUGGACUGAAGAGGAGUUUGAAAAGCUGUGUCAGGCUGACAAUCCUGAUUCCCCAAAACCAAAAGAGGAACUAGUCGAGAUGAACCUCCCAAAAGAUGCCAGUGUUUCUGUCUCGGUCAUUGCUAAUCCAGAACCUACUGCUGCACCUACUGAACCAGAGUUGUUGCAGCAUGUACUUCCACCACCGGCCAGGGAGGUAACAAUAACUCCAUCUAAAAGAGGACGGGGAAGGCCAAAAAGAUCAAAUGUAACUCCACCAGAGCUGUCAGUGCCGACUCCUGCUGGACUUGUCAAAGUAGAUAUGGGGUUACAGACAGGAGUUGAUGGUAGUUCUUCUAGUACAUUAGCUCCUAAUCCCUCUCCUGCACCAAAUUUGGUCAGUGUUGGUACAAUUGCCCCUCAAGCUGACGCGGGCACUGCUUCCACACUGCAACCAACUAUUCCUGUAACUUCUGGGCAGAGUUCACAACCUUCUCUGGUUUCUCCUUCAGUACCAAUGGCAUCAAGGGGCCGCGGCCGUAAGUCUCAACGUGGUGGAUAUACACCACGCGGUAGGGGAAGGAAAAUGGGAUUUGUGUCAGCUACUCCUGAGAGCAUUGCAUCUCAUGCUCCCGUUAUUGGUGAAGCUUCGCAGAAUGUCUCCAACAAUCCUGUAAUCAAUGCCAGUGGCGUCGCAGCUUCUGGAUAUCCUGGUAUAGCACCAGUUAUUGCACCUGUUCAAGUGAGCAGUGCAGCACCCGAUCAGUCUGGUUCACAGACUACUGUAGAUACCGGUCCAGUCCCUCCUGCUGCGACAUCUUUAUCUAUCCCUUCUGCUUCCACUCGGAUCAAAGAGCAGAGUCCAAAGGCUCAAAGUGGGACUGGAAUUCCUCGACGCAGAGGAAGGAAACCUUCAGUUAAAGUUCCGCCUGAUGUUCCAGUCAUUUCAGCCGCUCAGAUUUCACAUAUGAGCCUACCACCUUCAGUUCAAGUUCCACCUGCUGUUCCAGUUGUAGUAGACACUUUGGGAGGCAAAGCUGCAGUAGCUGAAAAUGAUCAAGGUAAUGAUUCCAAUGAAUCAACGAAAGGUGACCUGGGCCAAACACCCGAAGUAACUAUUCCAGCUCAGGUGUCAAGCCAACAUUCAGGUGAAGUGAGCCAACAGGAUGAACCAACAAGCUUGGCCACCAUGCACAACGCUGCUACUAGAUCUAUGCUAAGCCAACAUUCAGGUGAAGUGACCCAACAGGGUUCUUCUCCUGUGAGAGAUCAAACUGCUACCGUGUUUCAUGCAGCCACCAAUAUUAAGGAGCUUCCUGUUGAAAGUAGUUCUACAUCAAAAUCAGGUGACCCCUUCAGAAAGGAAGGUGGUGUACAUACACCCAGCAGGGCUUUCAUUGAUAGAGCUCAAAAUACAAGCGCGGGAGGUAAAGAGUCUGCAGUUGUGGGUCCUUCAUGUGAAUCACAGCAUGGCUCUGGUGUAGAAAUUGGUCAGACUAUACCAGAGUUGGUCGUGAAAAGUGCCUUUGUCUCUCAGCCAACCCCAGCUCUUUCUUCUGUAGCCUCAGUCUUUCAACCUGACCCACCUCAAGCAGGUCGAGGUAGAGGUAGAGGCAGAAAGGCGGCAGGCAGAACGGACGCCCCCAGGCGAAGGGGAAGAAAACCUACAGUUCCUGCUGAUUCAUUGGGAGUUAAGACCAUGUCCCUGAGGAACAGACAAGGGACCGAAGCUAAGGAGAUUACACUUGCUGUACAGGAGACCCAGGUGGCUAAUGCUUUUGUUUGUCAAGACUCUAAACAAAGGGAAAAUACAUCUUUAGGCCGGAUUCAGACUGCAGAUGUGACUGAUGUUGCACGUGUGAUGAAGGAGAUCUUCUCUGAGUCUUGCUCAUCUAAGGGUAAGAGUAGUGACUCUUCUAAAAGUGAAUGUAAAAGCGCUGGCACACCUGUAUCUUGUAUGAAACCUUCACCAGUCACCGAAGGCCAAAGCUCUGGGGAUAAAAUUCAUGGAUCUGUGUCUUCCUCACAAGAAGUCAUUCCUGCUGAAGGAAUCUCCCUUGACAAAUUUGUCCAGUCUGUAUCUGAAGUAGGUUUCAAGGUGGAUAAGAGGAAUCUGCCUGCUGUGGAUGCUGAUUCUGUGACUAAUAAUGACUCUUGCAAAGUUGAGACCGAGGUCGAUUCAUCUCUAGAAUCUGCUGGUGUUGAUAAAGACACUUCCAGAAGUAAGACAAAUACCAUUGUUCUUGGUAUAGAUGCAUCCAGCAGUAGGGUCGUUUCAGUUGGACAAUCUCAAGGUGUUGGGAGACACGUAUCUUCCAGGGUUAUAUCGAGUAGUACUGUUGAACGUGCAUCUACCAAGAAGGUUGGUUCACCUGUACAAACGCAAGGUGCUAAGAGGCCUCGCAUUUCAUAUGAUUCUGUUGAUGUUGCUAAUGUAAGCUUCAUGCGGCCUCCUGAGUCUCCUCCUGAUGCCUCCAUAGAACCUAGUGAAGCUCAUGGCACUGCAGAGCAUCCCGAGAAGAAUUCAGAAGACAAGACAGAAGCUUCUGUAAAGUCGUUUCCAGAGUCUCAGGUUGAAGCUACUAUAUUAAUUGAGAAGCAUGGCAGCGAGGCUAAUACUAGUGCAGCUAAGUUCGAUGAUACAGUUUCUCAACCUGAAGAUAAUAGCGGCAGCAUCCAACUGGAUCAAGAAACUGGAAACCCGGAGAGUGAACCUGCCCCGGUGUUCAAUGUAGAAGAACAACAGAUAUCAGCCGAGGAGGCCAUGUUUUAUGAAUCUGCUAAUGUAAAGAAGCAUUGUGGUCCAAGUGAGUUGCAGCCACAAGUUGACAGUAGAUUGCCUGAUGAUUUUACUUCUGAAACAACCAACACUGAGCUAAGUUCAGAAGAUCAUGUUGGAAAUCAGCUUCAGCCAAGAGUUGCAGAUCCCUCAGAACAGCUCUCUUUACCAGAAGAUGCAUUUGCCAAGGAGCAGGAGUUAAAAAGCUCUCGAGAUGAGAGGGAUCAUCAACAAUCGGUGGAGAGUCUGGUAGAAAGGUCAGUAGUGUCGGAAGACGUGCAAGGCUCUGACACUAACAAAGAUCGUGGAAUUGGUUUCUCUGGAACUGGUAGGUGUGUCUCACAUGACCGAUCUUCAUCUAGUAAGUCAAAGGAUUCAGUUAUUUCGGAAGAUGUGCAAGGCUCUGAUGCGAACAAAGAUUGUGAAGUUGGUGACUCUGGAACUGCUAGGAAUGUCUCUGAUGAUUACCAUUUAUCUAAAGAGUCAUUUGUGUCAGAAGAAGUACAAGGCUCUGACGCGAACAAAGAUUGUGAAGUUGGUGUCUCUGUAACUGGUAGGAGUGUUUCAGAUGGCCUUCCUUCAUCUAGAGAGUCAAAAGAAUCAGUCAUGUCAGAAGAAGUGCUCGGCUCUGAUGCUAACAAAGAUUUUGAAGCUGGUGUCUCUGGAACUGGUAGGAGUUUCUCUGAUGAACUUCCUUCAUCUAGAGAGUUGAAAGAAUCAGAGUGUAAAAUUAAUGAUGAAGUAGCACUGGGAGAAGAAACCAUGGCAGCCUCUCCCUCCGGGUCUAAGGAAGGAAUUCUUUCACCUGAGAGACACGACCUUCCUUCAUUUAGAGAGUUGAAAGAAUCAGAGUGUGAAGUUUAUAAACGAGUAGCAUUGGGAGAAGAAACCUUAGCAACCUCUUCCUCUGUACCCAAGGAAGGUACUCAUUCACCUGAGAGACAUCUACUUAGCAGCAACUCUAGAGAAGAUUGCAUAAGAACCCUAUCUGAAACAGGAGUGCAAGGUUUAGACCCAAAAAGUCCGGCUCCUGAGAAGAAUGUAGGUAGCACCGUAACGGAGGAGGGACUACAGGGGCCUAAUUCUUCAGAAGGUGGAUUGGAUACAAAAAGUUCGUCUCCUGAAACAAAUGUUGAUAGCAAUUUAAUCGCGGAGGAGGGACUACAUAGACCUAAUUCUACAGAAGGUGAAUUGGAUACAGAAAGUUUGCCUUCUGCGAAGAAUGUAGAUAGCAACUUGGCAGCAGAGGAGGGACUACAGGGACCUAAUUCUACGGAAGAUGAACGGAUGACCGAAGUGGAGAGUAAUGUGAUUGCUCUCACAGCUGCUAAGGAGACAAGUUCACCUUCACCAUUGGUGGAGGAAGGAAAGAUUGAUGACUCAUCUUCUAAGAGCCCUUGUGGUGAGAAGUUGGCACCAGAACUGGAGGAAACUAGAAAUGAUGAGAGUGGUAAUGAUGUGGUAGUAGCCAUUCCUAAUGAACCUGACUCUAAUGAUCCAGCGAUGAUGGACGGAAAGAUUGAUGACUCAUCUCCCAAGAGUCUUCUUGGUCAGAGGCUGGCAGAGGAACUGGAGGAACCUAGAAAUGAGGAUGGUAAUGAUGUGGUAAUGGUCUCUCCUGAUGACCCUGAUUCUAAGGAUCCAGUGGAGGAGGAAAAUAUUGAUGACUCAUCAUCUAAGAGUCCUCGUGAUGAGAGGCUGGCAGAGGAACUAGAGGAACCUAGAAAUGAGGGUGGUAAUGAUGUGGUAAAGGCCAUGCCUGAUGACCCUGACUCUAAGGAUCCAGUGGAGGAAAGUAUUGAUGAGAGUCGUCAUGGUGAGAAGUCGAUGGAGAAAUUGGAGGAACUUAGAAAUGAGGAGGGUGCUAAUGUGGUAGUGGCCAUGUUUGAUUACCCCAACUCUAAGGAUACAGUGAUGGAGGAAAAUAUUGAUGAUUCAUCUUCUAAGAGUCUUCAUGGUGAGAAGUCGGUGGCGGAGCCAACAAAUGAAGAGGGUGGUAAUGAUUUACUUUUGGUCACGGCUGAUGACCUGGAGGAGGGAAAGAUUGAUGACUCAUCUUCUACCAGUCCUCAUGGUGAGAAGUUGGCAGAGAAAAUGGAGGAGCCUAUAAAUGAAGAGGGUGGUAAUGAUCUGGUGGUGUCCACGGUGGAUGACGGGAAGAUUGAUGGUUCAUCUUGUGUGAGUCCUCAUGGUGAGAAGUCAGCGGAAAAACUGGAGGAUCCCAGAAAUGAAGAGUGUGGUAAUGAUAUGGUAGUGGCCUCGGCCGGUGACCCUGACUCAUAUUCUAAGAGUCCUCAUGGUGAGAAGUCGGUGGCGGAGCCGACAAAUGAGGAGGGUGGUAAUGAUUUACUGUUGGUCACGGUUGAUGACCUGUACUCUAAGGAUCCGUUGAUGGAGGAGGGAAAGAUUGAUGACUCAUCUUCUAACAGUCCUCAUGGUGAGAAGUUGGCAGAGAAACAGAAAGAACCUAGAAAUGAAGAGGGUGGUAAUGAUCUGGUGGUGGAUAACCCCGACUCUAAGAAUACAGUGUCAGAGGAGGGGAAGAUUAAUGACUCGUCUUGGGCGAGUCCUCAUGGUGAGAAGUCAGCAGAGAAACUGGAAGAGCCUAGAAACGAAGAGGGUGGUAACGAUAUGGUAGUGGCCUCGGCUGAUGACCCUGGCUCUAAGGAUCCAGUGGCGGAGGGAAAGAUUGAUGACUCAUCCUCUAAGAUUUCUCAUGGUGAGAUGCCGACAGAGGAACUGGAGGAGCCUAGAAAUGACGACAGUAAUGACGUGGUAGAGGAAAAGGGAGACAUUGAUGACUCAUCUUCUAAGAGUCCUCAUGGUGAGAAGCCUGCAGGGGAACCUAGAAAUGACGACAGUAAUGAUGUGGUAGAGAAGGGAAAGAUUGAUGACUUACCUUCUAAGAGUCAAGGUGAGAAGCUGGUAGAGGAACUGCAGGAACCUAGAGAUGACGACAGUAGUGAUGUGGUAGUGGAGGAGGGAAAGAGUGAUGACCCACCUUCUCAGAGUCCUCGUGGUGAGAAUCCAGCAGAGGAACUGAAUGAGCCUAUAAAUGACGACAGUAAUGAUGUGGUAGUGGAGGAGGGAAAGAUUGAUGACUCAUCGUCUAAGAGUCCUCAUGGUGGGAAGCCAGCAGAGGAACUGGAGGAACCUAGAAAUGACGACAGUAAUGAUGCGGUAGUCGAGAAGGCAGGGAUUGAUGACUCACCGUCCAAGAGUCCUCACGGUGAGAAGCCGGCAGAGGAACCUAGAAAUGACGACAGUAAUGAUGCGGUAGUGGAGAAGGCAAAGAUUGAUGACUCACCGUCCGAGAGUCCUCACGGUGAGAACCCGGCAGAAAAACUGGAGGAACCUAAAAAUGAUAAGAGUAAUGAUGCGGUGGUCGAGAAGGCAGAGAUUGAUGACUCACCGUCCAAGAGUCCUCACGGUGAGAAGCCGGCAGAGGAACCUAGAAAUGACGACAGUAAUGAUGUGGUAGUGGAGAAGGCAAAGAUUGAUGACUCACCGUCUGAGAGUCCUCAAGGUGAGAACCCGGCAGAAAAACUGGAGGAACCUAAAAAUGAUAACAGUAAUGAUGUGGUGGUGAAGGCAAAGAUUGAUGACUCACCGUCCGAGAGUCCUCGCGGUGAGAUGCCGGCAGAGGAACCGGAGGAACCUGGAAAUGACGAUAGUAAUGAUGUGGUAGUGGAUAAGGCAAAGAUUGAUAACUCACCAUCCAAGAGUCCUCACAGCAAGAAGCCGGCAGAGGAAGUGGAGGAACCUAGAAAAGGUAACAGUAAUGAUUUGGUAUUGGAGAAGGGAAAGAUUGUUGACUCAUCUUCAGAGAGUCCUCAUGGUGAGAAGCCCGCAGAGGAAUUGGAGAAACUUGGAAAUGAAGACAGUAAUGAAGUGGCAUUGGAGAAGGGGAAGACCGAUGACUCAACUUCUAAGAGUCCUCGUGGUGAGACUUCGGAGAAGGCAACCAAUGAAAAGGGGGGUAACGAUGCGUUAGUGGCCACACAGGCUGACCCCGAGUCCAAGGAUCCGAUGGUGAUCGAUGAGAAGACCAGCGUUUCUUCUGAAGAAGUUUCAUUUCCCGAGUCUGCAGAACUGACAGAACAGGAAUCAGUCACUUAA